AUGCUUUACCUUCAAAUUUUGUAUUCAUUCACCAGCGACGACAUCACGACCACCAUCAUUCCCAUUUCUCUGUUCGCAGUCGUGGCUGGGCCACUCUGCAAUUUUCAACGUUUUUUUCAUCUCGUUUUCUGGAUAUGGCUCCAUCUACUCCACUUUAAUGUCGCCAAUCAAGUAAUCGACCCUCAGGAAGACGGGAAGAACAAGUCUUCCCGUCCGUUACCUGCUGGGCUAAUAAGUCUGGAGCAUGCCAUUCGCCUACGUUGGGCUCUUAUUCCCAUAUGUCUCCUCACUUCCGCAUGCUACAGCUUCCAAGUCUUUGCCUUAAGCUUUGUCUUGACGCUGUUUAUAAUUUUCUAUAACGAGCUCAAAGCCCACGAGCAUUGGAUAUCGAAGAAUUUUAUAACGGCAGUGGGUUACGCUUGCUUUGAAAUUGGUUCCACUCUUAUCGCAGGCAAAGAUAUGUCGCGAUUAGAACCGACCGCAAUUUCAGCCAUUAUCCUAAGCCUUGCUGUCUUCACCAGCACAUUGCACGCUCAGGAUUUCAAAGACGUAGAAGGGGACCGUCUUAUAGGCAGACGAACGUUACCGAUAGCAUUCCCCAAUAUAGCGCGGGCAACUAUGCUGGUCGCCCUUCCUCUCUGGUCCAUCUGCCUGUCUUGUGUUUGGGGAGUGAACACACUCUGCACGCUUGCAUUCACAGGAUAUGCAGCGAUGGUGGGGCUCAGAUUCAUGACCUGCAACACAUCCCAAGCGGCCCGAAUGUCUUGUAAAUUGUAUAGUGUAAGUGACGUCGUCUGA